GGAGGAUCACAGUUGACCGGCAGAGGAGCGAGUCGCAACCCCGCAUUGCCUCCCUAAAGAAGCUGGACUAAAAGAAGACAAAGUUAUCUGGAUCCUUUCUCUCUCUCACUCCACAGCCCGGCAUGGAUAUUUUACUGGACACCUGUGGACGGCGAAGAGUCAAAUCUCUGCUGAUGAUGUACCUUUUUGUUGUGAAUGCAGCAGCCGAGUGCCCUAAACCUCACGAAUGGGAAAAUAUGGUCUUAACCAAUGAAGCACUUUUACUCAAUGAGUUUCCAGAGGGUUCUGAGGUCACUGUAGAGUGUGGUAAUGGAUAUAUCAAAGAAAGUGGCACCGGGAUUGUAAACUGCAUUAAUGGAAAUUGGAAUAAUCCAGAUCUCAACUGCAAAAAAACUGACUGUGGUCAUCCUAAACCACAGCCCAAUAUGAGCUUUAAUACUAGUGGUGGUACACUGUUUGGUGCUGUAAUAAAAGUAUUUUGUGAUAAAGGUUACCAGCUUAGUGGAUCGAGCUACAAACGGUGCUAUGCGACAGGGUGGUUUGGAAGAUCCAACUGUAAAAUUGUAACAUGUGCUAAACCUGGUGAAAUAGACAACGGCAGAAACAAUUGGGUCUCUGAAGAUAGACCAAAAUAUGGAGAAAUCAUCCAAUACGUCUGUAAUGAUGGAUACUCCCGCGUUGGAACAGAUAAAAUUGCGUGCAACGAAAUUGGUCAAUACGAUUUUCCACCUCCUGAAUGCAAAAGUGUGACAACAGAAGAUACAAUUACAACAAAAAUGGUAACACCAACAUCUACGCCUCAAGCACAAGAAAUGUCCACUUCUACAGAUCCAUCUACCACUCCCACAGUUCACAGAGAUAAAACUAUCACAACCAGUGCAACACAAACUGACUCAACUCCAGCACAAGGUGGCAGAGUCAUUUUGACAGCAGAGGAUAAAGCUACUACAACCAGUGUAACGCCAACAACAUCAUUUCAAGACGGACAUGAUGAGAUUGUAGAUAUUAACAAGAAUAAUGGACAUAUAAUUCUUGCAGUUACUUUGGCAUUCAUAUUUGUAUUAGUUGGGCUAGGAUUAAUUUUAUACCGAUUUCUUCUGAAGAGAAAGGGCUCAUAUGACACCAGAGAAGACCUGAAGCCGGAGUUAUUACAGUUCCAAAAUCUUUAGAUUGCCUGCCUGACUAAGCUCUGCAAAUGGAACCGGGCCAAUCUAGUGAAGAGCGUCUGUGACCAAGGAGGGACGUGCCAACAAACUGUAGCUGCGCCUCUCAAAAAGUCAAUGGGGGAAAAACUCACUUUAAUGUUAUUGCACUUGAUAUGGUAGAUAUUCCAAUCUAAAAAUAUCAUAAUUUAAGGUCCAAUGAGAAGCACUUUUUUAUAAUGAUGUAUUUUUUUUAUUGACACAUUAUUUGAACAAUUGUAAUAUAAAUAUAUAUUAUACUAUAGUAUUACUUUUUGUACAUUAUUUAUGUUAUAAACUGGAUUAAACACACCACUUAACAACAUUGCCUCCACGUGGUAUUAAGUAUUAACAAUAUUAAGUAAUUUUAGAGCCAUACGUUUAUGUGUUAUUAAUGUACUGUUUUGUUAGGACUCAUGAAAAAGGUGAUUCAAGAGGCACACAAUGUGAUUUAUUCACUUGCCAGACUGAAAUGGCGACUGAUAAAGAUACAAUCAGUUGCAUUCUUUGCCCCCUUACUUUUUUUUGAUCAUUGUCUAUUGUUCUGGGGCUCUUUUUGUAAGCUGUGCUAAAUAAUAGCAAAGCUUUCAUGAGAAAAAAAUCCAGUAGAGUACAUACCAUCAACAUACCAUGUCACACAAACUACUCUGUCAUGUGAGAGGGGAAAUUCUCAGAAACUGGAACAAGCUUGUUAACCAUUUGUUUGUGGAGAUUUUAUUUGAAAAAACAAUUCUAUAUCAAACUAAAAGAUCUGAAAGAA